AUGAAAAGAUAUGCAAACGAAUUCAAAUUGGAAAAAUAUAAGCUAUAUUUGGAAGCAGAAAAUUUAUUUUAUGUCCUGUUAGAUACUCAUGAUAUAGAAGCAAUGCACAAUUUAAUAAAAAAAUUUCCAUUCCAUGUCGACACGUUAUUAGUCCUGUCUGAAUAUUACAAUGAGAACAACAAUUUUGAAGUGGCCAAUAAAUUUACCAAGUUGGCUCUUCUCCUUUUACAACAUAUUUUUCAUAUCGAUUUCCAUCCCAAUAACUUAAACAAACGUAGAAAUAUUUACGUGAAUCCUUACCUGUAUGAUAACAAAGCUUUGUUUAAAGCACUUUACAUGCAUAUGGUCUCUUUAGAGAAUGAAGCAUGUACGAUCACCUCACUUGAAGUAGCCAAACUUUUAUGCAAAAUUGACUUGCAGUAUGAUUUGUGUAGCAUCCUCCUUCGAAUAGACAGCUUGAUUUUAAAAUGCACUUUAUUUGACUUUCUUAUUUAUUUCUCUUUCAAUUUUGUGAUACAAAAUGUACACUGCGAAGGAUGCAAAGGCUGCAAAGUCUGCGAAGACGGCGAAGCGCAGACAGCCGGAAACGCCCUGCAGAGCAAGCUCCUCUUCGACAACUUCGAAAUAAGGUUGCACUUCAUCCUCCCCAACUUCGCCUUCUCCCUGCCACUAAGCAUGUACCUGAAAAACAACAACUUUGUGGACCAUCAGGAAAUUCGAGUGGUCAGUGUAGACGACCUGGUGAGUGCCUUCACAUAUGAGGAGUGUCGAUUUCUGAGUCCCCAUUUCUCCAUUCGUUUUAACUGCCACAGGGAUGGCGAAAGAGGCGGACACGACCGACUUGGCCAAAGUGACAAUGCAGAGGAUGACCUCGGUAGUGCUGAGCGUGAUCAGAGCAACCCCCCCAAAGUUAGCACCAAAGAACAGAAGAAGAAACAACCCUCCCUCUCCUUUUCGGCACAUGUAACUCUCCUAAGAGCACUCCUAUGCUUCCCCAGCUUCCUGCACACAUUUCUUAAUUACAACAACUUCAAAACGACCAAGGUGGUGAAGAAAACCAUUUACGAGACAUCCUUUAAGGAUAUCCUGGCUAGUCCUCCAUUUUCCUCCGCUAGUUUAUUUCCCCCGGAAGAGUAUGAAACUGUACAAAAAAUAAUACGUUGUUACUUAGAGAAGAACAACAUAUAUUACAAAUCGGAGAAGAUUAUCACGUGGUUCCACGUGUGCAGUUCUUUUCUGCACGAGCUGUACAAGGACCCCUCAGCGGCCCAAGCCCUGGACAAAGCGCGCGCACAGUGGCACGCCAAGGUCCCCCUCCUGGACAAAAACAAGUACAAGGACGUCCGGGUCGGAGAAUUCAAGUCAAGCAAUUACCUCCUACCCGAUUUCAUGAUGGAAAAAAACAGAACCUACUCUCCCCACACACCUGGAACUUCUUCCAAUUAUUACGUCUCCUUGAAUAGCAAUUUAAUUAUAGCCUUUUUCCAGAGUCUACUCCCCUGGUACCAAGUGGAUUAUUAUGGUUACCAAAACGACUGA